CCUUGUAUCCACUGUGUUUAUGUGGCAGGUCCAGUUCAGUUUUCAGUCAAUGGUAACCAUAAGAUAUUAAUAGUGGGGAUUCAGUGAAGGUAACACCAUUGAACAUCAGAAGGCCUUAGUUAGAUUGUCUCUUAUUGGAGAUGAUCAUUGCCUGGCAGUUGUGUGGCUCAAAUGUUACUUGCCACUUGUCCGUCCAAACCUAGAUAUUUUCCAGGUCUUGUUUCAUUUAAACAUGGACUGCUUCAGUGUCUGAGGAGUCAUGGAUGGUGCUGAACAUCCCCACUUAUGGCCUUAUGAUGGAGGGAAUGUUACUGUAGAAGCAGUGAAGAUGUUUGGGCCUUGUACACCGCUCUAAGGAACUCCUCAGCAUCAGGACAUGUCUGCAGAUGACGAACCUCCAACAACCACAACCAUCUUCCUAUGUGUCAGGUAACAAUGGACAGAUCCAACUCUGGCAGUUCCUCCUGGAGCUUCUAACAGACAAAGACGCUCGAGAUUGCAUUUCGUGGGUGGGGGAUGAAGGGGAGUUCAAGCUGAAUCAGCCAGAGUUGGUCGCCCAGAAAUGGGGUCAACGCAAAAACAAGCCUACUAUGAACUAUGAGAAACUGAGUCGAGCACUUAGAUAUUAUUACGAUGGAGAUAUGAUCUGCAAAGUCCAGGGGAAGAGAUUCGUCUAUAAGUUUGUAUGUGACUUGAAGACGCUGAUUGGCUACAGUGCAGCAGAGCUGAAUCGCCUGGUUACAGAGUGUGAGCAGAAAAAACUGGCCAAGAUGCAAAUCCACGGUAUGACAGGACAGCCAGUCACCACAGUAACGCUGGCUGCAGCUUCCCUGCAGAGUGAGAAAGACAGCUGAAGCAUCCCUGCCUGAAGCUUGGCAUGUGUGGGAUGCUUAUCACACCCCCCUCCCCCAACUUAGAAUGACACCUGUCCUCCGGUAUCCUGGUUGGGUCAAGUGGCUUCUUCCUCCUUCAGCUUCCGGGACUGUACAGUGUAAACAUAAUGAGCUGCCUCAGAGGGAGGCCGAGGCUGGGACUCUCUGUCCCACUGUCUAUAUGUGCACUGCGUAAGCAGUGUCGAAAUGGAGCAAGCAAUGGUAGCAGACUUCACGGUAUAUUAAAAUGAAAAGUAUACCUGCUUCACCUUAUUCUAUCAAAUUUUUUGUUAUUUUUGCAGAUAUUUUUACCCUUAUGUGAAUUUUGAAUAAAAAAGGUAUACUCCA